UGGGACUGUUCUCGGGCGAGAGGCGUGAAACCAAACUUGCGGAGAUGACAGCGACGCGCAGCUAAGGAAAGAAGGAGACAGAACAUGAAGCCCACACAAAAAAAAUCACAUUCAGCUGAGAGGGAAUUUGGAGGAACUUUAGGGGCUACAUGUAUUCCAGUCUUCCUGCCUCUCACGGUCCUCUACCUACUGUGUGUGUGUCGCUCCCCGGCCGCCAGCGUCCUCCAGUGGCCCCCGCUCCUGCCUCCUGCCAGCCAGCUAUGGGACCCCCUGGCCCUGCUGCUCAUACUGGGCUGGGUGGUCUUCCAGAGCUUCCUCUACCUGUUACCAAUGGGAAAGGUUUCUGAGGGAUUGGUUCUGAGAGAUGGAUCCAGACUCAAGUAUCCUAUAAACGGUUUUUCUGCUCUUUGCAUCAGCGCCGGGCUGUUUGCUGUUCUGCUAUGGCUGGGGAUGCCUCUGGGGUCUCUGUUUGAACUGAUGUUGCCGUUGGCGGUGUGCGCCAUCGGAGUGUCCUUCCUCCUCUCCCUCUACCUCUACAUCCGCUCCUUCUGGGCCUCUGCCCCGGCCCUCGCACUGGGGGGCAACACAGGUAACCCCCUGUAUGACUUCUUCAUGGGACGCGAGCUGAACCCCCGGAUAGGAGUGUUCGAUCUGAAAUAUUUCUGUGAGCUAAGACCAGGUCUGAUUGGCUGGGUUGUGGUCAACCUGGGGAUGCUUAUGAAAGAGGUAGAGCUGAGAGACUCACCAUCCCUGGCCAUGAUUCUGGUCAACAUCUUCCAGCUGCUGUAUGUAGCAGACGCCCUGUGGAAUGAGGAGGCGGUUCUCACCACCAUGGACAUUGUGCAUGAUGGCUUUGGCUUCAUGUUGGCGUUUGGGGACCUGGCCUGGGUUCCUUUCGUCUACAGUCUUCAGGCUGCCUUCCUCGUCAUCCACCCCCAGACCCUGACCCCUCUCAAGGCCACUGCUAUAGUAGCACUGAACGGAGUGGGAUAUUUUAUUUUCCGAAGAUCCAACUCUCAGAAGAAUCAGUUUCGACGUGACCCCACACAUCCCAGUGUUGCAAAGCUGGAAACCAUCGCCACAGCAACAGGGAAGCGCCUGUUGGUGUCUGGGUGGUGGGGGCUUGUUCGACACCCCAACUACCUUGGUGACCUCCUCAUGGCCUUGGCAUGGUCUCUGCCGUGUGGUUUCUCCCACCUCUUGCCUUACUUCUACGUGGUGUAUUUCACCAUCCUGCUGAUUCACCGCGAGGCUCGCGAUGAGAGGCAGUGCAGGGCCAAGUACGGCCUAGCCUGGGACACCUACUGCAGACGAGUACCCUUCCGGAUCUUUCCAUACAUAUACUGAACUGUGUCGCUCCCACCGUCAAGGAAGAUUCGGCACGACGUCUUGGAUUGUGCAUUUUGUGGAAGUGCAUUUUUCAAAACCUGAUCAACUGACCCUUUCAAGGUGGACAUUCUCCACCUCCCUUGUGAUGAAAAAGGUGUAUUUUUCUUAAAUAUUACAUUGUACUGGGGCCUAAAUAAAAAUAUGUUUUUUCUGUCACUUUUUAUUGUAAUACAUUAGCACUAUGAUAUUCAGUUUGGUAUA